CGGUACCGGAUAAGUUUUAAUCCGGAUUAAAUUUGUGACGGAUAGGCCCUGCGUUUACACGGAUCCGCUCUGAUCCGUGCAAGUUUUGUGUCGACUAAGCGGUACAAUUUUGUACCUGAAAAAUCGAGGUACAAUUCUGUGCCGGUACUGUUCCAUUCUAUAUCAGUUACCGUGUAAACGGUUUAACCAGGUAAGUUUUUAACCGUUUUCACUGGUAUUCGACAAAACAGUGAGUCAGUGCUCAGUCAAUAUUUUUUUAAUACUGCAUUUUCCAACAUGAGACAGAUUCUUAUGAGCAUUUUUGCAUUUAUUUUUGGUGCUGUGGCGACGUUGAACGUUGUUUAUGAACUGGCGUUGGUAAAUUUGGUAAAUUAUCGAAGGCAAAGACAAAGGUAUGCUACAUUGCUGACACAGUCGUCCAUCGUUAGAGGGAAGAAAAUAAAAAGUAAAAGAAAGGCAAAAGGAUGUUGGGUAAGACCUGGGAGAACAUCUCUGUGGUGGGAAAAUUUCUUAUCCGGUGCUGUAGUAGGUCAUGAAUGGAGAGAGAACUUUAGGAUGUCACAAAACAAUUUCUUGAAACUGUGCAACAAAAUCAGAAUCCCACUUCAAAAGAAAGUCACGAAUAUGCGUGUUCCUACAUCUGUUGAGAAGCAAGUUGCUAUGACUUUAUACUAUCUUGCUGAUGAAGGAAGAUUACGAAAAGUUGCAAAUGCAUUUGGCGUUUCCAGAUCAACUGUAUCGUUGGCUAUUAGAAGAGUAUGUUUUGUAAUUGCCACUGUAUUAGGUCCUGAGUACAUCAGAUUACCUCAAACAGAACAUGAUGUAUUUGAAGCUGUCUCAAAUUUUUAUGAAAACAUGGCUUUCCACAAUGUAUUGGUGCUGUAG